AAUCCGGCGGCGAACUAUCAACAUCUGGUGUAAAUAGCAACGAAACUAAAGGAUUGGGCAGUAUUGAGUCGUUAGAAGCUAAAGUUACAGCUAUUGCAUUGCUCUUGAAAAUUGACGAUGAGAUCAGUACGGACGUUACAAAAACAAAAACCGGUAUAACAUCGGGAAUUUUAGACAAAAUUGAAACGAAAGUAACGUCACUUUCUCUUCAAGUUCAAGAUCUAAAGAAAACUAAUGCCGUGCUAGGGAAGGUUGUGACGAAAACAUUAUCCGCAGAGAAAGGUAGUCGCAAAAGGUUCGAGUCCGUAUUUACAAAUGCAGUGGAAAACAUAAACAAUUCUGUUGGUGAUAUGAAGAUUGAAACAGAAAGCCUUAUUGACAAAAAUAGUGAUAAAUUGAUUGAAAGAUUUGACAAAUCAUUUAAGAUGAUGAAAGACGAUACAGUGAAUAUCAACCAGACACUCAAUGAGGAAAUUAACAUUUUAACCGAUUCUUUACAUAGUCUAACGGAAGAAUGGUCAGGCGCAAACAAAAACGUCGAUGGUCAGUGGGCAAAUUGGUCCAGCUGGACCUCAUGUGACGUCACGUGUGGCAAUGGGAGACAAUUACGGACAAGACGAUGUACAAAUCCAAUGCCCGAGAAUAAAGGAAAGGAUUGUAUUGGAGAAAGUUUAAUGAGUAAACAAUGUUCAAAAGAAAGCUGUACAGUCGAUGGUCAGUGGGCAAAGUGGUCAAGCUGGACCUCAUGUGACGUCACGUGUGGCAAUGGGAGACAAUUACGGACAAGACGAUGUACAAAUCCAAUGCCCGAGAAUAAAGGAAUGGAUUGUAUUGGAGAAAGUUUACAGAGUAAACAAUGUUCAAACGAAAGCUGUACAGUCGAUGGUCAGUGGGCAAAGUGGUCAAGCUGGACCUCAUGUGACGUCACGUGUGGCAAUGGGAGACAAUUACGGACAAGACGAUGUACAAAUCCAAUGCCCGAGAAUAAAGGAAAGGAUUGUAUUGGAGAAAGUUUACAGAGUAAACAAUGUUCAAAAAAAAGCUGUACAGUCGAUGGUCAGUGGGCAAAGUGGUCCAGCUGGACCUCAUGUGACGUCACGUGUGGCAAUGGGAGACAAUUACGGACAAGACGAUGUACAAAUCCAAUGCCCGAGAAUAAAGGAAAGGAUUGUAUUGGAGAAAGUUUACAGAAUAAACAAUGUUCAAAAAAAAGCUGUACAGUCGAUGGUCAGUGGGCAAACUGGUCCAGCUGGACCUCAUGUGACGUCACGUGUGGCAAUGGGAGACAAUUACGGACAAGACGAUGCACAAAUCCAAUGCCCGAGAAUAAAGGAAGGGAUUGUAUUGGAGAAAGUCUACAGAUUAAUCGGUGUUCAAAAGAAAGCUGUACAGCAUUCAAGUCUGCAUUUUCUGUUACAAAUCCAAAAUUCUACAGCAGCAUCAAUGGAUUUUACAAACUGACCUUUUCUUAUACCAUUUACCAGUAUGGUAAUGAUUUUAGUAUCUCGACAGGAACUUACACCUGUAGCAAAUCCGGUGUUUACCAUUUUUCUGUUACGUUGGUAAAGAAACGGUCAUCAUCAAGGGUUGAUCUUGUUUCUUGUUAUCUUUACAAGAAUUGGCAGACUCUGAUAAGAGUAAGAGUUGAUCCAACUGAUGAUGAUACAGACAAAGGAAAUGCUGCUAUAUCACAGUCUAUAGUGGUAAAUCUUGAUGUUGGAGACACUGUGUUCCUUACUGACUGCAGCAAUCCGCCAAGCAAAUACAUGGAAUAUUGGUCUUCGUUUACUGGAUUUCUCCUAUAUGACAACAAUUGAAUUUUGCAUUUGUCCGGAAAAAAAUUGUUCUUAACUAAAUCUGUUGUUUAUAAUAAUCUUAUUUUCAAUACGGUGCUUAUGAAAUUAACAAUGUUUGUCUAUGGUUGUGAAAAAAAUAAAUAUUUAGUGAUGACAUUAAAAGCCCUUUUGCUAAAAGUACGAAUUCAUCCUGUUAUGUAAUUAAAGCCGCUCAUCGGAUUUUAGAUGGUUUUUUUUGUAUAUCAAGUUUUUUCAACUAAGACGUUGAUGCUUAGUAACGCAUUUAUAAAGAUUUGCAGUGCUUGUAAAUAACAAUUUUGUCUGAAAUUAUGCUUUUGCUGAAUGCAACAGAAUCAGGGAGAUGGUAUUCUUUUUUAUUAAACUGAUAAGAAUGCAUUGUUGGAAUAAGAUUGACUGAUGCUAAUUGCUCACUAAAUAUGUGUCUGAUUAUGUUAUUAAAGUUCAUGUCUGUUCACUAAAUAAAUAAAUUUGUGUACAAGA